GAAAAACAGCAAAAUGAGACAAACCGAUUAAUUUUGAUGGUCAGUUGGUUGAUUAACCAGUUCCCAAAAGUACAGACGCUGUGUUGUGUUUCAGCUGCUGCAGUGGUAUAUGCUCGCCAAGGAAGUAAUGCAACCUUGUCCUGGAGACUACCCCAGCCUGCUGUCAGGGAGUUUACAGUGAGACGUUAUUCAUCAGAUAUUGUGAUCCAUGUGACAAACUACAACAAGGUGGACAUCACUAGCACGUACAGGACAAGAGCAGAGUUUACUGGGAACAUUGACUCGUCAGGAUCUGGUGUGUUCAGUUUCCUGCUGUAUGAUGUUGUGUGGAAUUCUGACCAUGGUGUCUACAGUUGUUACAGGGGUUCACCAGGCUCUAGAGGGGAUCAGAUGUCUGACUGUGGACAGGUGCUUGAUGUCAUACGAUGCGGUGGGCGCUACACAGGCUCGUCUGGCUCUAUCUCAUCACCUAACUACCCUGGCAAUUACAACAACAACCUGUACUGUACCUAUAUCAUUGAUGCCGGAGAAACAUUGAUCACUCUCGUGUUUGAAGAGUUCAUUACGCAGCCAUGGUACGAUGUUGUCAAGGUGUAUGACGCCUCCAACAACCUCCUUGUUCAUCUAAGUGGAAAUAGAGGGGGCUACACUGUCCAGUCAGCCGUCUACUACCGUGUUGUGUUUACUACGGAUAGUGGGACUGUCAUGAAGGGAUUCAAGGCUGUAUGGACAGUGCCCACAACUGAGCAUGUCAGGUUUGGCAGCUAUGCCACGUUGUCAUGGACUCUCCCGGUGCCUGGGACCAGGGAGUUCAGUGUCUGUAAAAGUGAGACAAAGACAUGCCUUCUUCACAUCACAGGAUAUAAUGAUGUCAGAGCUGCCAGUGACAAGUUCACAUCUAGAGUGAGAUUCAUUGGACACGUGUCAUCAUCAGGAACCGGUCUGUUCAGAUUCGUGCUCUCUGAUGUAACUUGGGAAGACGCAGGUCAUUACAAGUGUUACAGAGGCUCACCAGGAUCAAGGGGACAAAUCAUUCCUGACUGUGGACAGAAGCUGGAAGUGCAGGGAUGCGGUGAGCGCUACACGGGUUCGUCUGGCUUUUUCUCCUCACCAAACUACCCUGGCAAUUACAACAACGGCCUGUACUGUACCUACAUCAUUGAUGCAGGAGAGACAUUGGUCUCUCUCGUGUUUGAAGAUUUCAAUACGGAAGUAGGGUAUGAUGUUGUCAAGGUUUAUGAUGCCUCCAACAACCUCCUUGUCCAGCUAAGUGGAAACAGACGGGGCUACAUUGUCCAGGCAGCUGCCUACUACCGGGUUGUCUUUACUACGGAUGGUCGGGAUGUUAAGGAAGGAUUUAAGGCCGUGUGGACAGGUAUGUAGACAUGUACUCCUUUGUUUUUUUGUUUACUUCGUACUUGUCUCCUUUCACUUCUUUUCACUACUACCUUAUUUUUGACAUUUGGUUGUCGUUGUCACAGUUGCCUAUGUACACAUUGUUUGUAAAAACAUGUUGUGCAUUGUGCUCUUUCAAAACGUCUGCGGCUCAUGCAAAUUGACAUGGGUAAUCUUACGUUGCAAGGUAUCUUCAGCAUACUCGCUUUAUUGUCUAUGGCCAAGAGAUGAUCGGAACAUAAGUUUGCGAAAUCAAGCCUGGAAAAAGUGGAAUCCUUUCAGUGUUUGCAUGCAAAUGCGUACUGUCUGGUGUAUCUUUUUGGUACAUACUUAUAUCAGAGCGGACUGCUGAAGUGUGAAGACAUAUGCAACCCGACUUUCUAAAAACUAUUUACUUC